UUUAAUCGGGAUUUCCGUUUUGUUAUGGGUUUUUCCUAAUUUACUCUUAUCAAAGAAGACAAAUCGAUGGGUCGAUGUAGAUUGUCUUUGUGCAUCUGAGGAUUGAUAAUGGCUGAACGAAAUAUUGAGCAAGGAAACUGGAGGGAUGGAAAGACACUGAUACAGUGUAACCGCUACAUCCUGGAGCAGGAAGUUGGAUGUGAUAUUCAUUUUAUAGUCGGACCACAAGACAAUAAAAAAAGUAUCGGAGCUCACAAAUCCAUAUUGAUGGCUAGAAGUGAUGUAUUUUUUGCCAUGUUUGAGGGAACCAUGGCCGAGGCAGAUAGUUUAAUUACCGUUCCUGACAUUGAUCCAGUUACUUUUAAGAAAAUGUUGUUGUACAUUUACUGUGAUGACACAAGAGUAGACUUGAUCGAGGCAUUUUCACUUCUGUAUGCUGCACAGAAAUACAAUAUACAGGGCCUGGUGACUCGGUGUGACCAGCGAAUGCGGGCAGGAAUCAACGUCGAGAAUGUAUGCCAUAUUCUAUUGAAUACCAAUAUGUUUCAACAAGAAGAAACUAAACAACUCUGUCUGCAGUUCAUAUAUCCACAUGCAAUGGAAGUCUUUUCAUCUGAAAGUUUCAUGGAAAUGUCAGAAGAAUGUCUGAUUGAGAUACUCCAGCAACACAAAGUCAAUAUGCAGGAGGAAAGUAUAUUUGAGGCAGUUGUGAAAUGGGCUGAGGAAAAAAUCAAGAGACAAAAUUUGGAAGUCAACGGUGAAAACACUCGCAGAAUGCUGGACAAUAUCCUCCCAUAUAUUCGCUUUGCAAGAAUGGACGUUUCUUAUUUCUCAGAUAAAGUCUCUCAUAAAGGUAUAAUGUCUCCAUCAGAACUUGUGAAACAUUUCCAAUUUUUGACCACAAACAAGGCUGAUCAUCCAGACCCUCAGAGAGAAAGGAGGCUUGUAUUUGAAAGAUUUAAAUGCGUCGUGAGUGGGAAGGGUUAUUUUCGUGGAAAUAGCGAUGCAAUUUCCUUCAUCAUCUCAGAAGAUGCAAAGUUACAUGAAGUGUUGAUCUAUGGAAGCUGCCAAAAUGUAGCUUUAUAUAAAAUAAAGCUGAAAAUUCUGGAAGACCAUGAUUCAAAAUUAUACGAGAGACAUUUUGAUUUGAGGAGUAAUGGCGCGACCAAAACAUAUCCAGUAGAGAUUGUGCCUCCUGUUUUGGUGAGAAGAGAAAUCUGCUACUCAAUAGUGAUGGAAAUGGUUGGCCCAGCCAGCUACUGCGGACAGGGUGGAGAAAUAAAACUAACCAAGGGAGGGGUGACCAUUACAUUCAUUCCAAAUGAAGAAGGACUGAAUGGCACAAAUGUCAAAAAUGGACAGUUCCAUGGCAUAGUAUUGGAACAAAUAUAGAUUCAAUAUACCCGUGCCUUGAUAUGUGUUUGUACCAUAAUGCCUGACAAUCAAAUUCUACAUUAUAAUGUUUUGGUAGAUGCUAGUAGUGUAAUAUACCAGGGGUUAUUUUCCAUAGGCUGCACUGACAGCACAAAAUUGAUUGUAACAUUAUAAUAUGGAUGCCGAUAUUACAUCACCGUUGCCUCAUUUUUUUUUUUUUUUUUUAAUUCUUAAAAGCCUGUCAAAAAGUCAAUUUUAUCAGUUAUUUGCUAAAUUGUCUGAAAUAUGUUUUAGUGAAGGAUUUUCAGAAAAUGAAAUAAAAGCUCAUAUCGGAUUCCAUAUGUAUCAACCCAAAGAAAUCAAAAGGGAUUAUGUAUAUAGUGUGGCAACAGUAACAGUACAUAUCUGAUAUAUCAGUAGUAUAUUAUUCACGGCUCCUAGCUACAGUUUACCGAUACUGUACAUUCUACAUUUCCAUAGUAACAUGUAACUAACUGACUAAUUAUAUAUAAAGACUUAUUCAGGGCCAUUACGUAGAUUGUGGUAUGAUGUUAAUAGUUGAGGGCAAGUGUUGCUAUGUCAGAAAAGGUUCACAUAGAUAUUGCCCAUUAUUUUAUUUACCCAUAUUAAAACCUGUUUUGUGUUAUUACAUCUCUAUCAUUUCCCAGUCAAUUUAUUGAUUUGAACAAUAUUCACUUCCCUGUCGUACAUGUAUAUAUCGCAUUCGAAUUCUGUACGGCAGCUGUAUAUUGCUAACCAGCAAAGAGAUAAGUAUUCGGAUAAAAGUAUACAUCUUGAUUUAAUUCAGCAAUUGUGAAACUUCUUCUCAUCAGUUUUGAUGUAAGUAAGGAGGGGUCUGAUGCGGUUACGGUAUGUCACCCUACAACAUACAUGUAUUGUAUUGAUGUGUUUGGGACGGAAUAUCAAUAUAAACGGAAGUAAUGGAAUCAAUUUCAAUUCCCCAAACUGUGUUAUGAUUAACUUAUGAUUUAAUAAUAUUGAUAAUAAUACAUUUUGAAAAACUGA